AUGAGUGAGGCCGGCUCCUGCGAAGAAUUAACCCGGGAACAGCGAGUAUGGAAGAAAAAUGUUCCGUAUCUAUAUGACACAAUGGUCACAAAAGAACUCGAAUGGCCAUCGUUAACCAUUCAGUGGAUGCCUGACGUGACUAAAACAGAAAACUCUGAUUCAUCGGUACAUCGAUUAAUUCAUGGAACACACACUUCGGGUGAUGUUCAAAAUCAUUUGAUUAUCUCAAAGUUUUCUAUCAAUACGGAUGGACCCGAAUUCGAUGACUCGAAAUGGGAUCCUGAACGGGAAGAGUAUGGCGGAUACGGAGCGGGAAGUGCUGCAAAGCUGGAAGGUGAGAUUCGUAUCAAUCACCCAGGAGAAGUGCAUCGGGCGCGGUACAUGCCUCAGAAUCCAUAUGUAGUUGCUACCAGAGGUCCCUUUGAUGAUGUGUUCAUCAUCGAUUAUACUAAGCAUCCAUCCACACCCCAGGAUAGUACUUUUCGACCGCAACUACGGCUGAAAGGACACGAGGGAGAAGGGUAUGGUAUGUCGUGGAGCAAUACAAGAGAAGGACACUUGCUCACCGCAGGUGACGAUGGAGCUGUUUGUCAUUGGGACAUAAAUGCAAAUCAAAAGAUUAGUGGACAAUUGAAUCAACAGAGUAAAUAUAAAGGACAUUCAUCGAACGUUGAAGAUGUAUCCUUUCACCAGCUUCAUGAUUUCGUUUUCGCAUCAGUCGGAGAUGAUAGAAAAUUGAAUCUCUGGGAUCUUCGUCACCCAAAACCUCAACUUUCUUCGAUCGGACAUAACGCCGAAGUCAAUUGCGUCGCUUUCAAUCCUUUUUCUGAGUUCAUUCUUGCCACCGGUUCGGCCGAUAAGACAGUAGCUUUGUGGGAUAUGAGAAAUCUUGGAAAGAAGGUUUACACUCUUCAACAUCACGAAAAUGAGAUUUUCCAAGUUUCAUUCAGUCCACAUUUCGAAACUGUUCUUGCUAGCAGUGGGUCCGAUGAUCGAGUCAUUGUAUGGGAUCUUUCGAAGAUUGAAGACCCGUCAUCAAAUUCUUCUAAAAUUUCUUCGUCUCCACCACCGGAAGUGUUGUUCGUUCAUGCUGGACAUGUUGGAAAGGUAGCUGAUUUCUCGUGGAACUCGAAUCGCCCAUGGACCAUUUGUAGCAGUGACGAAUUCAAUAAAUUGCAGGUAUGGGAAAUCUCGGAAAAUAUCAUAAAUAUCCAGAAUAUCAAGAAUGAAGCAGAUAUCAAGUCUGAAACAGAAUAA